CGCUAUUCAUGGAAGAAGCAGAGUAGCAGCAGCACAGCUGUUUUGCAAUGGCGUCUUCAGCCGAAAUGUCUAAACUGGAGUCUUUAAAUUCCUUUUUCUACGAGCGACUGAUGGCUGUGGCAGGAGAGAUAUUUCAAGCAGUUAAAGACACUUUCUCCGAGUACCAAGAAGAAAUACAUCGCUCCAAACAGGAAAAUCUUUACCUGAGGAAAAUGCUAGCAGAAGUUAGCAUAAACAACGGCUCAGAUUCACGGCUCAGCCAGGCAGAAGGAGUUUCUCCUCAGAACACCAACCAUGGCCCUCUGGACUCAGUUGUACAGGUCAAGCUGGAACUUUGCACUGCGCAGCAGGACACAGAGCCACAACAGCCAGUAAAAGAUCCGGCUUCGUGUCCUUCUCCUUAUGCAGUGCCUGCCUAUCUUCAGGAGCCACCUCACUCUUUUUCUGUUAAAACUUUAAACACUGAAGAGGAAAAGGGUGACUGCUCACUGACCGACUCCUCAAGCAGAUUAGAAGCCUGGAACUCUCAGGUCAUCUCCUCUGAUGACUCAAACCCUACUUCGAUGCGAUCUGAUGGUGGACAUGAAAAUCAGUCAGUGGUUGUAAAGGAUGAACCAGAGUCCAAGCCCUACUCUCAGUGCAAGGAAUCAUACAGUGAUUUAACUCAUUUAUCAUCUCACUUGCUGAGCCAAACUGCAGACAGAUUGCUUUAUUGCGAAGUCUGUGGUAAGCCGUUCAAAUACGAUCGACUCCUGAAAGCGCACAUGGUGGUGCAUCAGAAAGAGAGGCCGUAUCGCUGUGAGCUAUGUGGAAAGUGCUACAGUUAUGCACAUGUACUCAAAAUCCACCUCAGAACUCAUACAGGCGAGAGACCGUAUCACUGCAAGUACUGUGGUAAGACAUUCAAUCAGAAAGGCCAUGUAAAGGGGCAUGAAAGGAUUCACACUGGAGAAAAAAUCUACAGCUGUUCGGUCUGCGGGAAGCGAUUCACUUGGCUGGGUCAAGGAAAGGAACACCUCCGGAUUCAUCAUGAUCAAGUGGCUACAAUUAUAAGGAAAAGAAAAAGUAACUGUUGAAUAUGAAGAAACAUGUUGAAUCAGACAGAAUUAAACCCACCAGCUUUCCUCAGACAUUCAGACAUUAGAUUUUUCAGAAAAUACUCCAAACUGAAUACAUUCAUGAACUUUUUCCAGUGCUCAGUUUUUAAUGUUUAUAGCGCAUAUAUAGCCGGAUGCACAACAUAGCAACAAAUUGAGGUAAUGCAGACACUUUCAUUACCCAGGACUGUAGUUAUAGGUAGGUAUAUAGACUGCUAUGAAACAGCUUAUGUGCCUUUUAAAUUGACCCUGUUAUCAUCAUUGUCAUCAUCAUGAUCAUGUCUUGGCUGUUCACUGGUGGAACACCUUACACACAAAAUAGCGAUAGAUGAGUGAAUGGAAUGGAAAAGGACCCUGCAGUUCUCAUUUCUUGCUCUUUUGUAUCUGAUAUGCACAUCGGAGUAUAGUAGCGUCUGCUGCCUUGCUAUUAAAACUCGAGAGCCACAUUACGUUUCCCUGCUUUCUCAUAAUGAAUGUAUGUUUCAUCAGGAGGUUUUCUGGAUUUGUCAACAAGCAUGUUAGUUUAACAGUCUCUCAUACAAUCAUACAAUCUUCUGAUUGUACCCUAAUUAUUCCA